AUGAGUGAGCAUGCUCACCGGACUGGCGAAGCUCUUCCCACGCAAGAAGAAUGGAUCCAAAAGUACAAGAACUAUCGUGUUGAAUAUAAAUGGCAGGCCCUCUGGUCGUACUUCUUGCAUCAUCAAGGCGACGAGUGGUUCAAGGAGAAAUAUUCACCUGACGUGCGGUUUCAGGAAGCGCGUAAACAACGUCGCCGCGCUGGUCGCAUAGGGCAUAAAAAAGCGUGGCUGAAUGAGCUGCGCGCAGGCGUGUUGGACCAUGUAUGUUUUGAUUUGAAGGCUAGUUCAAGUACACAGCCGACAUCGAUGUAUACUGUGACGAACCGAUAUGGCAACGAGAAGCAUUAUGAUACCGACAUACUAACGAUCCCACCUGACUCAGAGCAUCAAUUGCUGGUGCGCACAUGGCCACCUGAUCUUCCACGCGUAGAACUGGAAGACCAUUUGCGCACAUGCCCUGGGUUUCGUUACGUGGCACUUUUAGAGCCGAUCCCGCAGCGGCGAUACCACCGUGCGGGCAUUGCCGUGUUUGAACCAGGAACAGAUAUGCGCGAAGCGAUUCGCAGGCUGGAUGGCAAAAUGUUCGGCGACUUUAUGCUGCAUUUGGCUGUUAUGGACCGGCCUUCUAACAGUCGUCUGCGCAUCGCACCUGCCUCGACAAAUACCCUAUCACGCCUCACGACCGACUUGGCCCGUGCAAAGAAGUUGCUCGUCAAGAUGGAAGACGAAGAUCGUACUUCCCUGUUUGCGGACGAAUUCCUCGUGGGAGGUGAUACAUGGACCUGGCUUGGCGUAUCGCUGUGCGACGAAAUUGCCGCGCAUCUGCAGCGCCUAGCGCCCCGCGAUGCUGAUUCUGACAAAGAGAAGCGUGUGCAGCUGAAAAAGGCCUUGGAUCUGCACCUGGAUGCGCUUCGGCGUGUAUACCAUGUGGACUAUUACCUCUGUCUCCAGUGCGAUUCGCGUGAAGAACUAGAGCGACGUAGUGCUUGCCACGUGCGUCGCCAGCCAGCCGAGGUGGAUGAGGAGGCGACAUAUGUCGACGUGGAGCAUUGGUGGUUGGACCACCAUGAUACGAAAAUCAAGCUGUUUCUCGAUCCUGCGCAUGUGUUGCCGAUGGUAGGAGGCAUUGAUCGUGAUGCGUUGGAAGAGUCGCUUACGUCGCAGUACAUUGUGCAGCUGGACGAGGGUAAGUUUCAAUGCACAGUGCCUACAUCGCAUGGCGCUUGUGGCAAGCUGUUCAAGGCUGCUGGGUUUACACGCAAACAUAUCCGCAAUCGUCAUACCCACUGGCUCGAAGAGCGUGGGGGCGAUCGGUACGCAUUUGCCUCGUAUUUUAAUUCGUACUUGUGUGAUCCCAUGCGCAUGAUGUCGACAAAUGGACCUAAAGAUGGCAAGAGUGAAGAUGUACCUCGGCCAGCAAGUCCACUACGAGCCGGUGAGCGCGCAGUCCAGCAGCGUGCCGCGCCACGAUCCUCGCGGCCUGGAUGUUAUCAAGACUUGGACGGCGCUGCCAGCGGCGAGAUUACAGAAUUGCAGUACUAA